CAGACAACGAUAUUCUCCUCCCUAACUUCGUAUAACACGAAGCCCUUCAAAGAUUCCAUGCAUUAGCUGGCAUCUUCUUUUCUUUGUUCCUUUAUUUUCUGCUUGUUGACUGACUUGAGCCUGUUCGUACUGGAAUUGGACCCUGUUUCUUUCUUCUGCAUCCCCCCGCCUUCCCGUCUUCUACUUCUCCUUCUUCCCCCACCAUCGGCAGAACGAGACCUCUUUUUCUUUGGUCACUGACCGACUAGCAGAGAUAGUCUCAACUCGCAGACAUUUUUCUUUGCUGCCUGGGCAACUCGAGCCUGAUUCUUUUCUGACGUUUCACGAUUAACGAUCGCAUAGAAACGAAACAAGGCAAAGACAAGACAGGACAAGACAGGGCGAGAUACCCACUGUGCAAUCUCGAUAAUAAGACGGGACUUGCAAGCAUCACCGCAACUUAAACCCCAAGGAGCUCUACCUACAGCUACGGCUACAGCUUCAGCUCCCCCAUCCACGCCGCCGACGCAGUGUCUCUCGCUUAAUUCACUAUAAGACGACUCGCACGUUUCGUCCUUUCUCCAACCCGAUCAUCGAUUUGCGAUACCUUGUUCGCAUACACAACACCGACCAUGGAGAAUUACCAGAAGCUGGAAAAGAUUGGUGAAGGCACCUACGGUGUCGUCUACAAGGCUCGAGACCUCGCCAAUGGCGGGCGAAUUGUCGCCCUGAAGAAGAUCCGCCUCGAAGCUGAAGAUGAAGGCGUCCCAAGUACCGCCAUUCGCGAAAUUUCUCUCCUCAAGGAAAUGCGAGAUCCCAACAUUGUCCGUCUGUUCAAUAUUGUUCACUCAGAUGGUCACAAGCUGUAUCUCGUUUUUGAAUUCCUCGAUCUCGAUCUCAAGAAGUACAUGGAAUCUCUUCCCAUAAGCGAUGGUGGUCGAGGCAAGGCCUUGCCCGAGGGUUCAUCGCCACACUUGCAACACCUUGGCCUCGGUGACACAGUUGUUCGCAAAUUCAUGUACCAGCUUUGUGACGGUGUCAAGUACUGCCACUCCCAUCGGGUCCUUCACCGUGAUCUCAAGCCACAGAACCUUUUGAUCGACAAGGAUGGCAACCUCAAACUCGCCGAUUUCGGUCUUGCCCGCGCUUUUGGCGUGCCUCUGCGUACGUACACUCACGAAGUCGUCACUCUUUGGUAUCGAGCCCCUGAAAUUCUACUGGGAGGCCGUCAAUACUCGACUGGCGUGGACAUGUGGUCCGUUGGCUGUAUCUUUGCCGAGAUGUGCACGCGCAAGCCUCUUUUCCCCGGCGACUCUGAAAUCGACGAGAUCUUCAAGAUCUUCCGCACUCUCGGUACACCCUCUGAAGACAACUGGCCAGGUGUCACAUCGUACCCUGACUUCAAGGCAUCCUUCCCCAAGUGGCAACGUGACUACAGCAAGUCUCUAUGCAGCACCCUUGAUGACCAUGGUCUGGAAUUGCUCGAGAUGAUGUUGGUGUAUGACCCAGCAGGGCGUAUCUCGGCCAAGGGAGCCUUCAACCACCCUUAUUUUGAGCCGCACCUGGCACAGAAGCAGGCAUCUGCUCAGACGAAUGGCUACUAUCACUAGAUGGGAUACGCAGCUCCAUACCAGAUGAUGCAGAUGCAAAUGCACUAGCUUUGCCCCGCCGACAAGCGGGCUGGCGGGUGGGAACAGUAUUCUUGCUUUGAGGAUACAUUUGACACUUCGACCAAAGCCAAUGGGACAACACAAACAUGACAAUGGCCGUAGGGCUUCCAGGCAGCCCUACGCAGUUGGCUGCCUCUUGGCUUAGACUGUGGUUCGACUAGCCCUGCUUGACUCAAACUUGCAUUGCCAGAGGAUCUAUCAGUACUUGUACCGGGCAUUCUGACCAACAUAGCUGACCUGUUGUGUUAUGAGGUCAAAAGCUGUUGGGCCUGGUCAACUAACGGGGUUGGGUGGAUUCGUUACGACAGAACAGGGA